UGAACAUUCUGGUGCAAUGGGAAGAGACAUGGUAAGGAGCUUUUAACAGGAGGACUUAGUUUUAUGAUGUGUUGAGGACAAACUACAUGUGUUUUCUGUCUAGAGGUAAAAUGCCGGAGGGUCCCAGUAUGACCAUCGGUAAUGGGAGUGAUUCGCCACCGUCCUUGAGACGUUGUGAUAAUCCCUGGAAGCGCAAUGCCCAACAUGGGCAAUCUGAAGUUUAUCGCCGGAUGCUCGGAAUCUUGAAUCGCGUUACGGAACAGUCUCUUACAAUAUUGUUGGAACAGGCGCAGGAACUUCCUUUGUCUGAUCCCGACCACCUCCCCCAUGUCUUAGCUCUCCUCUUGGAUAAGGCCCAAGAUGAGCCUCUUUUCGCUCCCAUAUAUGCUCGAAUGUGCCGAGACUUGGCAGCCAGAGUGGGAAUCCAGGACGACCUAACGGCUGCUUGCGAGUCCCACUUCACAGAGAGCUACAACCUCCUCCUCCAGUAUGCUGAUAUACUUGAGGGGCCCAUAUCUUCACAACUGAUACAUGAAGAAAUUCUUGCCAGGAAGAGAUUCGUUGGCCAUUUGAAGUUUAUGAGUGAGCUGCACAAGGUGGGAGUCAUGUCCAGCAACCAAGUAGUGGCCAUGGCAGAGACUCUCCUUGAGCAUGGCGACGACCGUUCGUUGGAAGGCCUGUGUCGCCUACUCUCCUUCUCGGGACUGGCCCUGAGUCGCACAAAUGAGAGGAUAUUCCAUUUCACCCACGUCAGCGAGUCCACCACGGGCCAUUCUGGGUAUUCGGACAUGGGCCAUAUCCACACCGGAUUAACGUCAUCGGCGGAGAGAUAA